GCGAGUUGAGCAGGAUAAACAUCUCAUGCAACAAUGAAAAUAUGGCGAGAAACAGUUCAGAUUCAAGUACAGAAUCUGAUGAAACUUGUAUUUUCUGUUUGAUAGCCAACGAUCGAGACAAAGAAACGGAAAUCAUUAAAAAGAACAAGGAGCUGGUGUGUUUUAAAGACAUUUGGCCCGCUGCUCCUCACCAUUACCUGGUUGUACCCACUCAGCACAUACUCAGCUGCUUCUCAUUGCAUCGUGGACACAUCAGCCUCGUUAAAAGGAUGGCUGAAAUGGGGAGAGCUGUACUGCAUGAACGAGGGAUCACAGAUAUGAAUGAUAUAAGGCUGGGAUUUCACCAACCUCCAUUUACCUCAGUCGAUCACCUCCACCUCCAUGUGCUCGCUCCUGCCAGCCAAAUCAACAAGUACCUGAAGUUUAAAUUCAUCCCAAGGACUAAUAAUUUUGUUACUGAAGAACGUCUCCGGAAACGUCUAAAGGAUAUUGCUCCUCCAUUCAAGGAGAGGAGGAGAGCAACAAACACCUCAGAGGAGAACCAGGAUGAGCCACAUGGACGGAGUGUUUUUUGUGUACCGUGUUGGGACAUGACAACACCAUAAACUGUCAGCAACAUGUGCGGACAAUGAGUCAGUGACUGAGAUCAGUUUUUAAAGAAAAGCCAAAGAACUGAGAAAUCACUGUAGAGAAAAUGACUGCACACACUGUUUGUGUGAAUGUGUAGCAAACGGUGUGCACUUAUAAACAGUUGUAUGAACUGUUUGUUGAAGGCUGUGUCUGUAUAUCUUCACUUCACUUUGUGUAUUUUCUUUUUGCACACUUAUUUGCACAUUUUUUUUCUUUUUUAUUGCUCUUUUUAAUCUUUU